UAAUAGAAGCAAAACAGCAAAAGCAGUGUCUCCUUAAUUUGAUCAUAAAUAUAGUAAAACAAUCUCGUAACUAUGCCAAAAAAUCAUCACCCAACUAAUGAUCUCCUUAUUAAGAACCAAGCUAUCAUUGUCACCGCCACCACUCUGUAACAGACCACCUUUUUUUUCUUCAAUCAUGGACACUUCUUCUUCUGGCUCAAACAGAUUGCUGGCUUUAGCCAAUCAGCUUCGCUUCUACAAGCCACCAUCUCAAUCCCCAGAUGAAAUUGAAGAGCAAAACAUCGAAGAAUCUGCUGAUAAGGUUGUUUCUCAACUGGGUUUUCAAGAAUCUGUCACCCAAAUUUCUUAUGAUCCUCAAAGAUUUAGGCCCAGAAGAGCUGCUGUUUUGGUUUGUAUCUUUGAAGGUGAUGAUGGUGAUUUUCGUGUCAUUUUGACUAAGAGAUCUUCUGAAUUGUCUACUCACUCUGGUGAAGUUUCAUUACCUGGUGGAAAAGCAGAUGAGGGUGACAAGGAUGAUGGUGAGACAGCAACAAGGGAGGCAAAAGAGGAAAUUGGGUUGGAUCCUUCACUUGUCAACAUUGUUACUGUUCUUGAACCGUUUUUGUCUAAGCACCUCCUGAGAGUGAUUCCUGUUAUAGGCAUACUGCGUGACAAGCAAGCAUUUAAGGCCACACCGAAUCCUGCUGAAGUUGAAGCAAUAUUUGAUGCUCCAUUGGAAAUGUUCAUCAAGGAUGAAAAUCGAAGAGUAGAAGAGAGAGAAUGGAUGGGAGAAAAGUAUCUGGUCCAUUUCUUUGACUAUCAAACAGAGAAUAAGAAGUAUUUGAUAUGGGGUCUAACUGCCGGAAUUUUGAUAAGGGCUGCAUCAGUCGUCUACCAGAAGCCACCAGCUUUUGUGGAGCAGAAUCCAAAGUUCAGGUUUCCAAAAGAAAUAAACACGGACACUGCGAUGCCUUGAAGAAUUAAGGGAAGAACUUCUGUUGGGUUGUAGUCUGAAUAAUCAAGCUGCAGAAAUAAAAAUCACAACCCACAAACGUUGGACUAGUGUGAUUCAUGUGAAAUAAUGGUUCAUAAGCAUUGAAACGGCGUGAUAGAUAUAGUUGGUGGUGUUAGACAGAAUCCUUUUAGGUUAAUAUAAAUUGAGAGACUAAUAAGUCUCAAGUAGAGUGAUAACCGACAUCGAGUUACAUCAACCUCUUGAUCUAGGGUUAGGAUGAUCUUUAUUCUUCCUUGUGGAGUUAGAACAUGCAUUUUGUUUCUGAGCUGAUCGGUCGCCACAUAAUUAAAGAUUAGUCAUGCAUUUUGCAGGAAUCUGAAGCUUCUUACCUAAUCAAACAAGAAUCUGUUUCCUGUGGGAGCUAGUUUGGUAAGAGUUCUGUGUUCCAUGUUAUUUAGGAGUUUCAUCUUUAGCUUUUCUUUGACAUCAUUUUUAGUUAGGAAUUGUUAUAAGGCCAUUAUUGCUCUGUAUUUAUAAGUAUUUCAGCUAAUUGUACAAAACACAUGUUUCUAAUACAUGAAACAUUGUUUGUUUUACCGUCUUAAA